CAUAUCGUGAACAGCGCUCAAACGGCACAGACUUGGGAGUUACAAUGACAGUGUGCAGUGCUUAGAAACAUUAUAUAUAUUUUUUUUCAAAUGUUUCUAAUAUCGAAAUUAUAAAGUACAAAGUUAUUAGGAUAAGGUUCCUCGUAGAGGCGCCGCCAUCAUGGCGUCGGACGAACAAUUCUCAUUAUGUUGGAACAAUUUCCACGCAAAUAUGUCAGCAGGCUUUCAUGGCCUGCUGUCGCGUGGAGAUUUGGUAGAUGUAACGUUGGCUGCCGAAGGCAGGUUAUUACAGGCACACAAAUUAGUUUUAUCAGUAUGUUCUCCCUAUUUUCAAGAAAUGUUCAAGAUGAACCCAACUCAACAUCCUAUAGUAUUUUUAAAAGAUGUUAGUCAUUCUGCGUUAAGAGACUUAUUACAGUUUAUGUACCAAGGUGAAGUUAAUGUUAAGCAAGAAGAAUUAGCCUCGUUUAUUAGUACCGCGGAACAACUUCAAGUGAAAGGUUUAACCGGUAAUCAAAAUGAAGAAAGUUCCACGCCAUCCAAACCAAAGCCGACGUCGAGGCCAGGCCCGAGGUCGUCACAACAAAGGCAAUCUGUUAUGAAGUUAGAGACUGAUUUAGAUUCUAAGCCCUCCUCAACUCCAGUAGCAAUUAAGAGACCAAAUAGGCCAUCAAUAGCAUCAAAUAAUUCGUCAUCCUCACAAAGUGGACCUGCGAAACGAAAAUGUGUAGACCCCUUAGAAGCCGGCCCGUCUGGAUCAGCGAAGGAAGAAUUCGUAACGAUACCGGACGAAGAUGAAAAUAACGCUGUGGCACCCAAAAUGGAACCCGAAUUUGUUAAUGAAAGUAUGUGGGAUGACGACGAAGAUGGCGCUAAUAAUGACGAAACGAAUUUCGGCGAAGACGACUCAAAUAUGGAUAUGACUGGCUUUGAUGGUUCGGCAACAGGUGAUGGCAAUUUAACAGGUGCAUCUGGUGAAGGUGGAGCUGUAGGCGACGCACAAGGCUGGUUCUAUAUACGAUCAGCGCGUGGUGGUCUUCAUCUCGUCGCUGAUGGUCACAUAUUCUAUGAAGAUGGUGGUUCUCAUCCGCGCCGAGUGACUUGGAGGUGCGCUAGGUCAUAUCAGAAAGCUGAACGUUGCCAAGUUGCCUUAUGCCUCAGAGACGGACGUCUCGUUUACUUUCGAGGCUCCCAUAAUCAUCCCGCAACGUAUAACCCCGCUAAACACGAAUCUAGGCGCUUUCAAGUGGAUCCUAUGGCACUCUCUACGUCGGAGGGUUUAUCCCCGGUGGAUCGAAGCGAAGGUCCUCUAUUAAAGAUGGGCGGCUUCUGGUACAGAUUGGAUGCUUGUUACAAGAGCAAGAGACGAUGGUUGUGCGCGCGGGAUUGCGGAGCCAGGAUUCACACGGAGGGCAAGAAGGUCGUUCACACAGAAUUAAGGCAUCGAUUGCAAGUGAUACAUUCGCAGACGGGUUACCCCAAAUUGUCACUGAAUGGUUAUUUCUAUCGGCCGCAUAAUGCUUAUCGCAAUCAGCCGAAAGUGUUAUGGUAUUGUGCGGCGCGAAGCAAAUUUCAGUGUAUGGCAACACUUCGCACCUUCCAUCGGGAAGUGAUUUCGGUGGCAGCGCCAGCUGUGUACGUGCCUUCGAGGACGGGCAAGUCGCUCCUACUGCAUGACGGUUACACGUUCUACUUGAAGAACCUCCAGGCGCAUGGCCGGAAGCAAUGGUACUGCUCGUCGCGCGACAUGGCCGGCUGUCGGGCGGAUGUCAUCACCGCGCCGGCGGACUGCGGCGACGGCGAUGUGCUGUUCUUGGUGCGCGGGCGCCACAUUCAUGGACCUCCAAGUUACUACUUCACACCUGAUGGAAAGUAUGUGAGACGCAAGGACGUUUAUCACAGGUAUAGGUAGCGGUGACACUCGAUUUUCCCAAGUUCAGCCAUGUUUUUUAUUCAAUCGUAGCGUACUUAGGUAUAUAUAUUUUUUAUAUUACUUUCCUUGAUAUAUUUUUUUAUCCUGUUUGUUACCUUAUCAAUUUGUUGUGAAUAUUAAUAACAUUGUUAUGAAGAAAGUACUUAUGUAGGUCUUAUUGAGAUGGAGGCAUGUUUAUCACAGGCAUUGAUAUAUGUAUCAAUAACAAUUUUUUUUUUAUAUUUACACUGAUAUUUUUUUUAAUAUUUUUUAUUAUCGUGUGUUUCUUUUGAUUGUAUUUUGUAUUAUUUUACUUUUUUUUUAAUAUACACGUAAUAUGUUGU